AUGCACAAUAUAGAAAGUCUAAUUUCCAGUAAAAUUAAAGAUGUUGUAGAAAUAGAUCCCCGCGAUGCGAAUACUCCUGAUAAUUGGAUCCCACGCCAUCCUGAGAUGGUAAGGUUAACCGGCAAACAUCCUUUUAAUGCUGAAGCUCCAUUACCCUUAUUAUUGGAUCAAGGUUUCAUAACCCCCGCUCCUUUACAUUAUGUACGAAAUCAUGGACCUGUUCCUAAACUCUCUUGGGAAACUCAUCGUUUGAUAGUUGAUGGUCUUGUAAAAAAACCUUUGAAUUUGUCCAUGGAUGACAUUGCAACUCUUCCUUAUAUAGAAUUUCCAUUGACUAUGGUUUGUGCAGGAAAUCGUAGAAAAGAACAAAAUAUGAUUAAACAAACCAUUGGUUUUAAUUGGGGACCAGCAGCAGUCAGUAAUGCAAUCUGGAAAGGAGUACGAUUAAGCCAUGUUCUAGAAUUAGCUGGAGCUAAAUUUGAUCCCACACAACCUCGUUAUGUAUGUUUUGAAGGAGUCGAUAAAUUACCCAAUGGAGUAUAUGGUACAAGUCUUCCAAUAGAAUGGGUGAUGAAUGAAGCAAAUGAUAUUAUAUUAGCUUAUGAAAUGAAUGGAGAAAAAUUAACCCCGGAUCAUGGAUUUCCUAUACGUACAAUUUUACCUGGAUAUAUUGGUGGAAGAACUAUCAAAUGGUUGGGAAAAGUUAGUAUAAGUGACAAAGAAUCUGAUAGUUUUUACCAUUUCCGAGAUAAUCGCGUACUUCCUCCAGAAUACGAUGCUGAACGAGCCACUAAGGAGAAUAUAUGGUAUAACCCAAAUUAUAUCAUUUAUAAACUCAACAUUAAUUCCGCUAUAGCUGCUCCAGCACAUGAUGAAAAGAUUAUGAUGUCAAAGUUAGCAAGUAAUUCUGAAUAUACAGUUAAGGGUUACGCUUAUAUUGGAAAUGGUACGAAAUGUAUUCGUGUUGAAAUAUCAUUGGAUUACGGAAAAACGUGGUUACUUACCAACCUCACACAACCCGAACCUGAAUUUCCUCUUGUAAAAAAUCGAGGAAUGAAUCCAUUACCAAGAUACUGGUGUUGGACUUUUUGGGAAUUAUCAAUUCCAUUACACUCAUUGAUCAGAUGUGGAGAGAUUUCCGUACGAGCUUGGGAUUCUAACCAAAAUACACAACCACGAGAUCCAACGUGGAACGUUAUGGGGAUGAUGAAUAAUUGUCAUUAUAAAGUAUUAGUUCAUCCAUUUGUUGAAAAUGAUGAAUUCGGAUUGAUAUUUGAACAUCCAACUCAACCCGGUACUAUUCCUGGAGGAUGGAUGGUUAAGAAAGAAGCACCCAAGAAAGAAGCUAAAGUUGAAGAAAAACCUAAAACACCAGCUCCAAGUAAUGAAAAAAUCUUUACUAUGAAUCAAGUUUCCAAACAUAAUAAUGAAAAGGAUUGUUGGAUUGUUGUCGCAAAUAAAGUUUAUGAUGCAACAAGUUUCUUGAAAGAUCAUCCUGGUGGCAAAGCUGCAAUCUUAAUUAAUGCGGGAACUGAUGUUACUGACGAAUUUAAUGAUAUUCAUUCUGAAAAAGCAAAAGUCAAAUUAAAUGAAUUUUAUGUAGGUGAUCUUGCUAGUCGUCUAAAGCCAGGUACAUCUCGUGAUUUCAGUGACGAAAAUUUGGAUGAAACAUUAGAAGCAAACAAAGAAAAUCUGUUGACAGCUCUUACAAGUGGUACAAUCAUAAAUGAAGUGGUUAUGGUGUCUCAGGAUGAUGU